CGCUGGCUGUGAAGGUAACUUUCUACCUUUCGCGCGCUUCUUCGGCCAAAUCCCAUAAAUCCGCCGAACUGAGGGAUUUAGUACAUCCGGGAUUUAAGCCGUAAAUCCUUUAAUCCGGGAUUUACCCAUCGCCGGGAUUUAAUGCGCGCACAAAAACUGUUUGGCUGGAUUUAGCGUAAAUCCGACUUAAAUCCCGCUGUGAAUCGGAUACGAAACAGCCCCUAUAAAUGGAGGGCCACUCCGGUGCCACCGUCCGCUCUCGGAAUUCUCAAUCCCCAUCACCCUCGCACUCAGCUUCCGCCUCCGCUUCCAGUUCCGUUCACCACAAGCGAAAGUUCCAGGCGACGACGGCUGCAGCUGCACCUUUUUCCCUCUCCGACACUGGUGCCCUCACCUCUAAUGACGACCUCGACAGUAUCAGCGCAAGGGAAGAGGAGGAGGAUGACACCGAUGAAGAGGACGAAGACGAUGACGAGGACGAGGAGGAAGAGGAGGAGGACAACGACUCCAUGAGGGCAUUUACUGCCGCGCGUCUAGACACUCACAACAACGCGGGCGGUGGUGGUGGGAACUCCAGAAGUAGCACCAAACCACCGAAGCCUGAUGGCUUACAGGUGAAGGUUGAAUCUGCCUCUGCUGGUGUGGCGCUGGAGAGUGCGAAGGAAGAGCGUGUUGCAGCGGGACUGUCAGCUCAGCAGAAUGUUGGCAAUGCUGGUUUGAUACCGGGCAUUGUGGUGAAGGAUGAUACUGUGAAUGGAAUCUUCACGGAGAAUAUACAAACGAGUGGUGCUUACAGUGCCAGAGAGGAGGGGCUCAAGAGGGAGGAAGAUGCUGGAAAGCUUAAAUUCCUGUGCUAUGCAAAUGAUGGUGUAGAUGAACAUAUGAUAUGGCUCAUAGGGUUGAAGAAUAUAUUUGCUCGGCAACUUCCAAAUAUGCCCAAGGAAUACAUUGUCCGUCUUGUUAUGGAUAGAAGCCACAAGUCCAUGAUGGUUAUCAGGCUUAAUCAGGUUGUCGGGGGCAUAACUUACCGGCCAUAUCUUAGUCAGAGAUUUGGAGAGAUAGCUUUUUGUGCUAUUACAGCUGAUGAACAAGUUAAAGGCUACGGCACAAGGCUGAUGAAUCACUUAAAACAGCAUGCUCGUGAUGUUGAUGGGCUAACACAUUUUCUUACUUAUGCAGACAACAAUGCCGUUGGGUAUUUCAUAAAGCAGGGGUUUACGAAGGAAAUUUCUCUUGAGAAGGAAAGAUGGCAAGGUUACAUCAAGGACUAUGAUGGAGGCAUUCUUAUGGAGUGCAAAAUUGAUCCAAAGCUUCCGUACACUGACUUAUCAACAAUGGUUCGUCGACAAAGGCAGGCAAUUGAUGAGAAAAUCAGAGAAUUAUCAAACUGCCAUAUUGUUUAUUCUGGCAUUGACUUUCAAAAGAAGGAAGCUGGUAUUCCUAGAAAGAUUCUCAAAGUUGAGGAUAUUCCUGGUUUGAGAGAGGCUGGUUGGACACCGGACCAGUGGGGCCAUUCACGUUACAAACCAACAAAUGCUACAGAUGGUCUUGCCUAUCGCCAGCAGCUAAAUGUCUUCAUGCGUGGUCUUCUAAAGAUGAUGAACGAGCACCCUGAUGCUUGGCCAUUUAAGGAUCCAGUAGAUGCACGGGAUGUACCUGAUUAUUAUGAUAUUAUCAAAGAUCCAAUGGACCUAAAAACCAUGUCGAAGAGACUCGAGUCAGAACAGUAUUAUGUUACAUUUGAGAUGUUUAUUGCCGAUGUCAAGAGAAUGUUUGCAAAUGCUCGGACCUAUAACUCCCCUGAGACAAUCUAUUACAAGUGUUCAACCAGGUAAGGCUAAUACCUUACU